UCACAGCAGCAAAACAACUCCUCGUUCUAUUUUGAAAUGCACCGGAAGUGCGUGAGGCUGUUCCGUCUAACUCGACACACAGAAGUUGAAUCGGCAGCAUCUUUCCGGCGGUUCAGAAGCAGACUCUCUGUUAAACAGUUAAAGUUAGGUGUUCGGCAGAAGAUGGAAUCUGAGGUGAUGGAGAUCGACGGCAGCGUGAUGGAGGGCGGCGGGCAGAUCCUUCGGGUUUCCGCGGCGCUCAGCUGCAUCACGGGAACCUCCGUGAAGAUCACAAAGAUCCGGGCCGGCAGGAGCACGCCGGGGCUCAGACCUCAGCACCUGAGCGGCCUGCAGCUGGUCUCAGAUCUGUGUUCUGGGAGUCUGCAGGGAGCAGAGAUCGGCUCCACUGAAAUCAGUCUGACUCCAGGAAAGAUCCACUGUGGAAACCACACAGCCGACCCACAGACAGCCGGGAGUGUGUGUCUGCUGCUGCAGGCCUCCCUCCCCUGCGCUGUGUUCGCUGACGGACCCUCACAGCUCGUUCUGAAGGGAGGAACCAACGCAGAGAUGGCUCCUCAGAUCGACUACACCGUCAAGGUGUUUAAACCAACCAUGGAGAAGUUUGGAGUCCACUUUGACUGUGACGUCAGACUGAGGGCGUACUACCCUAAGGGCGGAGGCGAGGUGAUGGUGACGGUGAACCCGGUGAAGGAGCUGCAGCCGGUGCUGAUGACGGAGAGAGGGAAGCUCACCAAGUGCUACGGGCGCGCCUUCGUGGCAGGAGUCCUGCCCUACAAACUGGCUAAAGACAUGUCGUCUGCGGCGGUGCGCACCAUCAGGAGAGAGAUCAAAGAUCUGUACAUCAACAUCCCCGCGCUGCAGGAGAAGGAGAACGCCACCGGGAACGCCAACGGCAUCAUAAUCAUCGCAGAGUCCUCCACAGGGUGUGUGUUUGCAGGAUCGGCUCUGGGGAGGAAAGGUGUGUAUGCAGAGCAGAUUGGUGCUGAAGCUGCUGAGAUGUUGCUGAGAAACGUCCGACACAACGGCUGUGUGGACGAGUUCCUGCAGGACCAGGUCAUCAUCUUCAUGGCGCUGGCGAAGGGAACCUCUCGGAUCCGGACCGGACCGGUGACGCAGCACACACAGACGGCCAUCCACAUCGCAGAGAAGCUGACUCAGGCAAAGUUCACAAUAACAAAGUGUGACGACGAGCUGAGCAACGACGACACGUUCCUCAUCGAGUGUGAGGGGUCAGGAGCAGCUAACGCACACAUGUAGACACACACACGUAGACACACACAUGAAGGGACAUGCAUAUAAACACCCUUAGAGAAACACAUAAACAAAUCGCGUACAUACUCGCCUGUAGAGACAUGAACACACACACACACCUACACACACACACACUGCUGCUCAUGCCCCCCCCCCAGCUGCUGUCUCUCAGGGUGUUUCAUUAAAACUGUAAUAAAUCAAUAAAACCGUUUCUGUUUUUUAAA